UAUGGCGGUCGAAAGACUUGUUUUCAAAAAUCGCACAAAAUGACGGCUUUAAAGAACUGCAGCGCAGAACUUCGGAAAUAUCUGUUCGAGCACAAGCUUCCACAAGUUUUUGAGGCACUUUUGACAGGCCUUGCUAUAGAAUGUCCCUCUGAUGCCUGUGCAUUUGUUGUCGAUAAACUUGCAUUGUUAAAUAGCGAUCAAAACGCUUUUGAAAAUUUGCAAUGGGAUUCUUUUAUAAGUGCAGAAAAAAAGCCAAAAGACCAUUUAUUGAAGAAAGGAUUUGGAGAGGUUUUGUGGUGUUAUGAGGAUGAAAAUUCUCAGCCAACACCAGAGAUGUACCAACGAGCGUACAGUGUAUAUAACUACAAACUAAAGCUAAUGUGUCUUCAAGGCUGGAAACAUUUUCAUGCAAUAAAAAAAAUGAAGAAGAAAAAUUUAGAAAUUAAGAUGAAUAAUGCUCGAAAUUAUCACAGAAGAAGAAAAUUGAGGGUUCAUUUUAUGGCUUAUUUGAACUGGUUUAGGGAUCUAAAGAACUUGCAGAGAGAAAUCUCAGCAAAGAUAAAGAAAGUUGUCAGAAUGUCUCUGCUACGAUUGGUGUUCAUGGGAUGGCGUACUGUUGUUGCUGAUGCAAAGAAAACAAAAGAAUAUUUUGAGAGAAUUGAGAGAGGGGAAGUAAUAGAUACUGGAGAAUAUAAAGACUUUUUUAUGACAUCAGAAGAUGGAAAAGAUGUGAUAUCAUCCUUGCCUAAACAUGCUGCGUUACUGAUAUUCAGCAACGUGGAUAUUCAGGACCUUGGAAGAUGUGCGUCAGUUAGUCGUUCUUGGAAACUUAUCAUCCAGUCAAACCUAUUAUGGAGUAAAAUGGAUUUUACCAAGAUGAAAUAUAGAUUAACAAACAAGAUUACUUCAAGAUUAGUUCAUAGAUAUCGUUCCGUGUUGGGACAUUUAAACUUACGGGGCUGUUGUAAUCUUACUCAAGGAAGCCUUAAAAUUAUCGGGGAAUCCAAGAAUCUUCAGGAUCUUAAUGUUUCAGAAUGUAUUGGGAUCAGUGAUGAUGUAAUGAAGAGCAUUGCAACUGGUUGUUCGUCACUUUUAUAUCUCAAUUUAUCUCGUUGUAAUAUUUCAGACGCGACGUUACGUUUAUUAGCAAGGAACUGUGUGAAUCUUCAAUAUCUAAGUCUAUCUGGAUGUCUUGGUUUUACGGACAAGGGCCUUAGUUAUAUAUCACACGGGAAAGGUGCCAGGAAACUAUCAUAUUUGGAUCUGUCUGCUUGCGAGCAGGUCACAGAACAUGGGUUCAUGCAUAUAUCCAUCGGUUUUUUAUCAUUAUCCACUCUCAUACUGAAUGAUCUACCUUCUCUUCACGAUGAUCAUCUUAAGAUGUUAACAGAUAAAUGUAACUCACUUAAAACAAUUUCAAUUCUUAAAUCUCCGUUAAUCUCCGACACUGGCAUGAAGUAUUUCGUUACCUUUCGUCGCUUACAGAAAAUCCAAAUAGAGGGUAAUCAUCGUAUAACAGACUCCUCAAUAAAAGCCAUCGCUAAAAGUUGUCCAGAUUUAAGACACGUCUACAUCGCAGAUUGUCCUCGUCUCACUGAUCUUUCUUUGAAAGCGCUAUCCUCGUGCAAACAUUUGAUUGUGUUAAACAUGGCCGAUUGUGUGAGAAUUCAGGACGCUGGUGUACGUCAAGUGGUCGAAGGACCUUCUGGAGCCAAACUUAGAGAAAUCAAUCUAACGAAUUGUGUCAGAGUCAGUGAUGUUACUCUUUUGAGGAUUGCGCAGAGAUGUCACAAUCUGACAUAUUGCAGUAUAUGUUACUGUGAACACGUGACUGAUGCGGGACUAGAGUUACUGGCCACCCUCCCCUCCCUGGUAUCUCUUGAUAUCUCAGGAUGUAAUGUUCAGGAUCAUGGCGUGUCAUCACUUGGAAAUAGUUCAAGAUUAAGAGAUAUCACUUUGUCAGAAUGUCAGACUAUAACAGAUAUAGGAUUACAGAAAAUGUUCCAGCAGUGUCGGUAUUUAGAGAAUCUAGAUUUAUCUCACUGUGCAAACAUCACGGAUUAUGGGAUAAAGAAUUUAGCAUUUUGCUGUCGUCUUCUAAGAACCCUCAAUCUGUCAGGUUGUAAAAAGCUAACAGACUCCAGUGUGCAGUAUUUAGCUGGUGUAUGUCAUUAUAUUGACAAUCUCAAUCUUUCUGGAUGCAUAUUAUUAACGGAUCGAUCACUGAGAUUUGUCAGAAAAGGCUUAAAGCAUUUGAAGUCGUUAAACGUUUUGUAUUGUUGUAACAUCACCAAAGCGUCAGUAAAGAAAUUAAUGACAAGAGUUGCUCAUAUACUACACAGCAAUGAAGAGACUCCAACACUGAUUAACUCAAUAAUUGAUCCAAAGAUACAUUCAUACAAGCCUUCUUCAGUGCUUCUUGCAACUUGAGAUAAAUCUCUUUGGUAACAAUAAAUCAUUGUAAGUAAAGAUUUUAUUUAAACCAAAACAUCUACGAAGAUAUAUU